AUGGGUGAUCUUAAUGGUACCUUGAAGGAUAAUGAAAGUUGGAACUAUUCUAAGCCUGGUAAUACGUCCUAUUUUUCCUUUGACCUCAGGAGAAUGGUUGCUGGCUCUAGGUUGGUGGACCUAGGAGCGUCGGGCUCUCCUUUCACAUGGAGAAAGAAAUGUAGCAAUGGGGGAGGGUUAAGUUCCCUGAAACGUGCCAGACUUGAUCGCUGUCUUGUUAACCCAGAUUGGAGGAUCAAAUUUCCUAAAGCUCUUGUCACCAACAUUCCAACGACAUCCUCAGAUCACAACCCCAUUUUUCUUAAUUUGUUUGGAGACAGGGCUAAGCUAAGGAAAGAAUUCUGCUACGAAAAUUUGUGGUUCAGGGAUCCUAGAUGUGUUUGGGUGGUUCGAAAAUCAUGGAGUACUGUUUUCCAUAGACAUCCUACAAAGAAUCUGGAAUUAAAGCUUCUUCAAGUGAGGAAAUAG